AUGGGUAGAAGUGGCCGCCAGUCCACUGUGCAGAGCUUCCUGCGCGGCUGGCUGUGCCGCCGCAAGUGGAAGAGCGUCAUCCAGGACUACAUCCGCUCCCCGCACGCCGACAGCAUGCGCAAGCGCAACCAGGUGGUGUUCAGCAUGCUGGAGGCCGAGGCCGAGUACGUGCAGCAGCUGCACAUCCUGGUCAACAACUUCCUGCGGCCGCUGCGCAUGGCCGCCAGCUCCAAGAAGCCGCCCAUCACCCACGACGACGUCAGCAGCAUCUUCCUGAACAGCGAGACCAUCAUGUUCCUGCACCAGAUCUUCUACCAGGGCCUGAAGGCGCGCGUCUCCAGCUGGCCCACGCUGGUGCUGGCCGACCUGUUCGACAUCCUGCUGCCCAUGCUCAACAUCUACCAGGAGUUCGUGCGCAACCACCAGUACAGCCUGCAGAUCCUGGCCCACUGCAAGCAGAACCGCGACUUCGACAAGCUGCUCAAGCACUACGAGGCCAAGCCCGACUGCGAGGAGCGCACGCUGGAGACCUUCCUCACCUACCCCAUGUUCCAGAUCCCCAGGUACAUCCUCACGCUGCACGAGCUGCUGGCCCACACGCCGCACGAGCACGUGGAGCGGAACAGCCUGGACUACGCCAAGUCCAAGCUGGAGGAGCUGUCCCGGAUCAUGCACGAUGAAGUCAGCGAGACCGAGAACAUCCGGAAGAACCUGGCCAUCGAGCGCAUGAUCAUCGAGGGCUGCGAGAUCCUCCUGGACACCAGCCAGACCUUCGUGAGGCAGGGCUCCCUCAUCCAGGUGCCCAUGUCGGAGAAGGGCAAGAUCACCCGGGGCCGCCUGGGCUCCCUGUCGCUGCGCAAGGAGGGCGAGCGCCAGUGCUUCCUGUUCUCCAAGCACCUCAUCAUCUGCACCCGGGGCUCGGGCGGGAAGCUGCACCUGACCAAGGUGAGGGCGUGCUCCAAAGGGUCCGGUCAAGAUGUCGACCACUUGGAUUUUAAGAUCGGGGUGGAGCCAAAGGACUCCCCGCCCUUCACGGUCAUCCUCGUGGCCUCGUCCAGACAGGAGAAGGCGGCGUGGACCAGCGACAUCAGCCAGUGCGUGGACAACAUCCGCUGCAACGGGCUGAUGAUGAACGCCUUCGAGGAGAACUCCAAGGUCACCGUGCCGCAGAUGAUCAAGUCGGAUGCCUCGCUGUACUGCGACGACGUGGACAUCCGCUUCAGCAAGACCAUGAACUCCUGCAAGGUGCUGCAGAUCCGCUACGCCAGCGUGGAGCGGCUGCUGGAGCGGCUGACCGACCUGCGCUUCCUGAGCAUCGACUUCCUCAACACCUUCCUGCACUCCUACCGCGUCUUCACCUCGGCCGGCGUCGUGCUGGACAAGCUCGUGGCCAUCUACCGCCGCCCCAUCAGCGCCAUCCCCGCCAGGUCGCUGGAGCUCUUGUUUGCCAGCGGCCAGAACAACAAGCUCCUGUACGGGGACCCCCCCAAGUCCCCGCGUGCCACGCGCAAGUUCUCCUCGCCGCCACCCCUGUCCCUCGCCAAGACGUCCUCCCCCAGCCGCCGGCGGAAGCUCUCGCUCAACAUCCCCAUCAUCACCGGCGGGAAGGCUCUGGACCUGGCGGCCCUGGGCUGCAGCCCCAACGGCUACACCGGCGUGUACUCGGCCAUGUCGCCCUUCAACAAGGCCGCGCUGGACCCCGGGAAGCUGUACGUGUCCAGCAGCCUCAGCAGCAAGGUUCCUGACGAGGGCGACGCGGCUGCUGAGAAGGGCCCCGCCGGCGUCCUGAGAGGCGCGCACCCCGCAGGCUCGGAGGUCUCGGUGCGGGAGGAGUCAGACGCGGAGCAGCCCCAGAGCGACGAGGCGGAGGCUGAGGCCUCGCCCACCAGGUCCCCCACGUCGCCCAGAUCGCUGAAGGGCAAGAGCCCAGAGUUCCUGCUUUUCUCAUACAACAACGGAGUCGUCAUGACGUCCUGCCGCGAGCUGGACAGCGGCCGCAGCGCUCUGUCGGCAGCCUCGGCCUUUGCCAUCGCGACCGCGGGUGCCAACGAGAGCACCCCCAACAAGGAGAAGUACCGGCGGAUGUCCUUGGCCAGUGCAGGGUUCCCUCCCGACCAGAGGAACGGAGACAAGGAGUUCGUGAUCCGCAGAGCCGCCACCAACCGAGUCCUGAACGUGCUGCGGCACUGGGUGUCCAAGCACGCCCAGGACUUCGAGACCAACGCCGAGCUCCAGGGCAAGGUCAUCGGCUUCCUGGAGGAGGUGAUGCGGGACCCGGAGCUGCUGACCCAGGAGCGGAAGGCUGCGGCCAACAUCAUCAGGUCAGGAGAGGGCGGCCUGGCGGGGGCGGCACCACAGGGCAGCCCAGCCCCCGGGACCCAUGUGCUGCCCCGCUGCCCCUCCCGUGCUCGGCCGAGGCCGCCUCGCGGGUGCCAGCAGCUCCCUGCCCUGCCCGGGGCUCACGGGCUCCGGCGCUCCCAGCGGGAACGCUCCCUCCCGCCGGGGCCUGUCCGGGCAGGGCCCCUGCGUGCUCACGGCCCUUCUGCUCUGGGCGGCGGGCACAAGCCCCGCGGCAGGCUGGCGGACGGGGUGAAGGCGGAGCCCUUCGAGAGCCACUCGGCGCUGGAGCUCGCGGAACAGCUGACCCUGCUGGACCACCUGGUCUUCAGGAAGAUCCCCUACGAGCCCGAGGGGGCGCCGGCCCCCACCUGGGGAGCGCCCCCAGACAGCGUCCCAACGCCCUGUCCCCAGAUUUCCCACAUCAUCCGGGAGAUCCGCCAGUUCCAGCAAACCGCCUACAAGAUCGAGCACCAGGCGAAGGUGACCCAGUACCUGCUGGACCAGUCGGCAGUCCUGGACGAGGAGCGCCUGUACGAGUCCUCCCUGCGGGUGGAGCCCAACGCGGAGUUCAGUCCCGGGCAAUGGGGACUGCGGCCGGCACCGGACUUCGCGGCUGUGGGGCUUCGGGGCCGGCGGCCGGAAGCGGGCAGGGGGACGGAUGAACUUGGCAUGUCCGGCCUCGGACGGACGUAG